AACUAGAAACCACAACUUAUGAUUACAAGCCAGUCCCAUAUUUGCCAGCCAGUUGUCAUCUGUUCUGAUAGCCACCGUUUCUUACCUAUCUGUAAUUGGUAGCAUUGGAAAUCCAUGGUUGUGUUAUGAGGUGGUUUGUGUAGUGUGCUCGAAAUGUUAUAACGUACAAAUUCGUGUGUAGAUUAUAAUGGAAGAAGAAGAUGACCCGGUUAUACAGGAGGUCCCGGUAUUCUUGUCCAAAUUGUUGGCAGAGAAGUUGUUCCUUUACAAGUUUCCUGUGCGACCACGGGACGUUAGCUAUGAUGACUCCAAAGUUCUACAGAGCUGUAUCAAGCCACAGCAUCAGGAGGUCAGGCUGGAACUGGAGCUGGACAUGCAGAGCCCUAAUUAUGACUCGAGCAAAGGCGAACAGAUAGCGUGGAAUGUGGAUGGUGUUACUAACAGCAAGGUAGAGAGGAAGACUGAAGACAAAUUCUUUAAGAAUGACAUUAUGGAUAAGCAGAUACUGCAGUCUACACGUGCGGUGUCUGACACGAGCAACUAUGCUGUAGCUGUGUACCAUGACGGUGAACUUCACAUUACCCCGUUGCAAGGCGUUGUAGACCUCCGCCCUUCCUUUGCGUACUUGGAUAAGUCGGACAAGCUUGCCAGAGAAGAGGCGAAGGAACGAGGAGAAACUGAUUUGUCUGGCGAAGAGGAUGAGGCCCAGCAGAGGAAGAAGCGAGCAAGAGAGCGUUCAUUUGGCUAUUUGAGCAAGAAGAGUGCAGAGGAGCCGUGGUUCCACACAGAAUUCCACAACUCUCGCUCAGGAAAAGCCGAGCUGGAAAGGCAGAAGUUAUUCUGUGCCAAGGCUGAUGAACGAGUAAAUGAGCUGAGUUUGGGAGUGAAUGAGUACUUGAAAUAUCUGGUUCCUGCGGAGGAGACGUCAUCAGAUUCUGUGGUAUCCUCACAGUCAGCAAACGUUAUCUCACGCAGCAGCCUUAAACUGCUCUCUCUUGUGGACCAAGUUAGAUGUCUGCUUAGAGAUGCCAAGUUACUGCAGUUCUCACAGUUGGCAACACUGCUGGAUAUGAAUACAGAUACUGCCAGUCUUCUACGUGUGGUGCAACAGGUGGCAGUAUUGGUUCAGGGUAACUGGAUUGUACGGAGUGAUAUCCUUUAUCCAAAGGAUACAGCUAGUAGCAUUAGUGGCGUUCCUGCAGAGCUCAUGUGUCAGGGCAGAGAUUACGUUUUGUACCUGUUCACUCAGAAUCGGCAUGUGGAUCGGCUGAGAGUGUCGAGCGUGAUCAGGUUGCCAUCAGAAGAGAUAAAGGAGAUCCUGGAACAGAUCUCAAAGGUACAGGGCAACAAGAGGUGGGAACUGCGGUUGCCAGUUGAUAAGGCAUUUAUCAGUCGAUAUCCAGAGGUAGUCCAGAGACAGCAGAUGUGGUGGGAUGCCAAACAGAAACAGUUGACUGAAGCAUUAAGAGAGGGCAGUGUUGCAGCUUCGUCUUCUGGGAGGUCAAGGCGAAAAUCCACUAGAGAUUCCUCCGUAUCAGAUAAUGAGCUGUCAGGCGAUGGUAGACCGUCUCCAAAACGGAACCAGCGGCGGAAGGCUAACCUUCAAGAGUCGUUGAGCUCGGACAAUGAGAGCGGAGUGGAGAGUGGGGUGGGCAAGAAGCAGGCUCAGAAAAAUUGUGUGACUGGAACAAAAGUACAACGAAGGACGAGCAAGCAGAAUGUGGCGAUGGCUGCUAUCAGUGCGGAGCCAAUGGAAACAUGAUUCCUGUGUGAACCUUUUCAAGAGAGUGGGCCUGUGUAAUAACAUGCUGCAGCCAUUGUUUGAUUUGUUUGUUUUACAUAAGCAUGUUCUGUGCCUUCUGAUGGAUUUUCUUUGAGAACCAGAAGUGUUGCAUUUUUUGCAGAAACUGUACAGUGCUGAUAUUAUUUUGUUAUCUUUAUUUUAUUUGAGCAAGGGAUGUGUGAGGUGUACCUGUAUUUUUCUCUCUUUCUCUCUUGUGUUUGUAAUCAAAUACACACCCACUUAAUUAAUUAUUGUUUUUUACUUACUUUGUAUUAUCUAUGUAGGAUUUAGAUAGAAAUUUCUGCAUUUGGUGGUGAGUGUUUGUAUGGGAGUAUUGUCAGAAGUGCUGGUUUCUCUCGUCAAAGCGUGCUGAAUAAUAUAUUCCCCCUGAAGGAAACAAGUACAUAGAACUAAUGUGGCUUGAAUAUAGUGCAAAAUGUCUGGAUAUUCGACUCUCCCGUUUUGUGUCCCGAUAACCCAGAAGUACCAAAAUUUCUUUACCUAUUUCAGAACUGACCUGCUAAUAUGAACUGGGCCCCUCCAGUGUAAGUACAUGUAUUUAUUCAGAUAACAUAAAACAAAAACUGAUGACACUAGAUCAUGGUUAUAAAGCUAGAAUAUCUGAUCUGUCAGGAGCACAUUUGACUUUAACAAGAGAGAGAGAGAAAAUUGUACAGUGUUUUGUUAUGUUUAAAUGAUUUAAGUAAGGGCAGGUACAAUACAUUUCAUUUGAAGCACA